UGUUUCUACCCAUGAGUUCAGCCAGACAACAGCAUGUCAACGCCUUCAAGUGCUGUGAGGUUUUAUAUUGGAGAAGCAGCUUCUGCCUCUCUUCAUACUGUACUUUCAUUGGCUUUCUUUUAUAGAGGAGACGGAAUGCAAUACGUCUAAAAUUAGAAGUACCAGUACGGCGCUCCGGACAUCUCCGGCCCAAGCCAAGCACUGGUUACAAGUUGACUACACAGAUCUAGCACAGUGUUGCCAACUUCUCAGUAAGGAAAGUAGCUAUUGGCUGUCCUUUUUUGAAAAUGUGUCGCUAGAGGUGUCUGAAUACUCGCUAAAUAUAAUUGGCAACACUGAGAUUCUAAUAUCAGCUUUAUCCAUCUCGAUAGACCAGACGGACCGGAAGCUCACCGCCCGGAAGCUCACCGCCCGUUCACUGUGGACAUGUUGCCAUAGUAACGCAGGUGACAAUAACAUGUCGGCAAAAGCGAAACAAAGCAACAAGUCAGCGGAUAAAAAUGCAAACGACAGAAAUGACGCUGCGUCCAAAGACAAUGAUGCUGAAAAAGCCAACCCUCAAUGGAAACUUAUUUCCCAUGAACAAAUCAACACGCUGUUGGAUUUGACAGUGGAACAAGUGCAACUCCAGUUUGAAGAAAUACUUGGUUUGAAGAACUACCAGACAUGUCUGAAGGAGGCAGCCCUGUUGGACUACUUUGUCUCUGGCUUCUGGUGGGCCAGGGAGAUGAACUACACCUGUCAACAGAUCUCAUUCAUCAUGGCUCUACUGCAAGUGUUACUGGACAAUAUCAGGGAGAAGCAGAUGCCGUUUGUUGAUAACCUGAAUGAGUUUGCCAAGUUGAUGUCAGGAACGCGCCAGUCUCCUUCUCCAGAGGUGGACUCCCUGUUUGAUGCUGAGCAUGCCGUGUGCAUCACUGACUACCUGAAGUGCAGUCUCUUUCAGAACUACCAACUCUAUGAGUUUCUCUUCAACCAACCUAGAGAGGAGCUGCUCCUUGGAGAGAAGAGGACCAUAGAGGUGAUCAGCUCAGCAGACUGUGGAGCUCCCCUGGAAGAAGGCAUGAAUACUGAGGACUACCUCCAUUACAUGACUCCUGUUGACCAGCAGGAAGAGGGACAGAGGUCCAGCCAGGAGGAGGAUGGAGAGGGACCAGCUGAAACAGGUCUGCAGCAGGAGAAGGAGAACAAGGCUACAGAGUUUGAAGGAUUCAACGUUCAGGAUGUCAAAGACCUGACCAACGAGAUGCUGGGAGACCUACAGGCUGAAUUCACAGAGAAGCUGAGAGUCCAGGAGGAAACCUUCCGUACCAGACUAGACCCACUGAAACAGUCUGCCUGCAAAUAGCUACACCUCAUAGUAUAACAUAUCAACCAGAGGACGCCUGGUCCUUACUGACUGGUUCAACCAGAGGACGCCUGGUCCUUACUGACUGGUUCAACCAGAGGACGCCUGGUCCUUACUGACUGGUCCUUACUGACUGGUUCAACCAGAGGACGCCUGGUCCAUACUGACUGGUCCUUACGGACUGGUUCAACCAGAGGACGCCUGGUCCUUACUGACUGGUUCAACCAGAGGACUCCUGGUCCUUACUGACUGGUCCUUACUGACUGGUCCUUACUGACUGGUUCAACCAGAGGACGCCUGGUCCUUACUGACUGGUACUUACUGACUGGUUCAACCAGAGGACGCCUGGUCCUUACUGACUGGUCCUUACUGACUGGUUCAACCAGAGGACGCCUGGUCCUUACUGACUAGUCCUUACUGACUGGUUCAACCAGAGGACGCCUGGUCCUUAUUGACUGGUCCUUACUGACUGGUUCAACCAGAGGACGCCUGGUCCUUACUGACUGGUCCUUACUGACUGGUUUAACCAGAGGACGCCUGGUCCUUACUGACUGGUCCUUACUGACUGGUUCAACCAGAGGACGCCUGGUCCUUACUGACUGGUCCUUACUGACUGGUUCAACCAGAGGACGCCUGGUCCUUACUGACUGGUUCAACCAGAGGACGCCUGGUCCUUACUGACUGGUCCUUACUGACUGGUUCAACCAGAGGACGCCUGGUCCUUACUGUCUGGUCCUUACUGACUGGUUCAACCAGAGGACGCCUGGUCUUUACUGACUGGUCCUUACUGACUGGUUCAACCAGAGGACGCCUGGUCCUUACUGACUGGUUCAACCAGAGGAAGCCUGGUCCUUACUGACUGGUUCAACCAGAGGACGCCUGGUUCUCUGAAUCUGACAUUUUAAAGAAGACUGCGAAGACGACAGUAAUUUGAAACUGUUUUUCUGAAAUUAUGCAAAACAUUUUGACAAAAUGUUGUCAGCACAAAAGGUUUGGUUUGAAGAAAACGGAGGGCGGUAUUCAAUCAAAACCUGUAACUGGAUUUCCGUACAUCAAAACCCAAAAGGAAUCCGUAAAUCAAACAAUCCAAGCCAAGAUUCCCACAUGUCCAUGUUUCCAUGUCAUCAAUAAACCCAUGAAACAAAAUGAAAAUGAAUGUUGUUUUAGACUUUCCUUGAAAAUGUGGUGACCAGUUGUGAUUGAAUAGUUCCCUAGCAACACAAUCUUACCGUGUGUCGAUCUUACCGUGGGUCGAUCUUACCGGGGGUCGAUAUUACCGUGGGUCGAUCUUACCGGGGGUCGAUCUUACCGUGGGUCGAUCUUACCGGGGGUCGAUCUUACCGGGGGUCGAUCUUACCGGGGGUCGUCCAUAUUUCAGAUGUGUGCUGGAAAGGAAAACCAAAUGUCAGUUCGGGGUAAUGUGGAUAUUUGCUCCAACAAUGUUUGGUGUAACACUCAAGGUUGCUACCUAACGUUUCUUAAAUGAGUAAUAAACUAUUUUAUAACGUAA